AUGACGAUUGAUGAUGAUGAGGAUGAUGAUGAGGAUGACGAUGAGGCGGAUGAUGCGGAUGAUGAUGACGAUGAUGAUGAGGAUGCUGAUGUGGAUGAGGAUGAUGAUGAUGAGGAUGAAUCUGAUGAUGUUGAUGAAGAUGACGUAGAUCAUGGGGAUGUUGAUGAGGCUGAUGAUGAGAAUGACGAUGAUGGUUAUGAGGAUGAUGAUCUGGACGAUGACUGCGAUAGUGACGAGGAUGAUGAUGAGAGUGAUGAUGAGGAUGAUGAUGAGUAUGACGAUGAUGAUGAGGAUGAUGAUGAUGAUGACGAUGAGGAUGAGGAUGAGGAUGAUGAUGAGGAUGAUGAUGAGGAUGAAUCUGAUGAUGUUGAUGAAGAUGACGUAGAUCAUGGGGAUGUUGAUGAGGCUGAUGAUGAGAAUGACGAUGAUGGUUAUGAGGAUGAUGAUCUGGACGAUGACUGCGAUAGUGACGAGGAUGAUGAUGAGAGUGAUGAUGAGGAUGAUGAUGAGGAUGAUGAUGAGGAUGAUGAUCGUGAUGAAAAUGAUGAUGAGGAUGACGAUGAGGAUUAUGAUGAGGAUGACGAUGAAGAUGAAGACGAGGAUGACGAUGAGGAUGAUGAUGAGUCUGAUGAUGAGGACGAUGAUGAGGAUGCUGAAGAUGAUGAUGAUGUGGAUGUUGACGAGGAUGAUGAUAAGGAUGAUGAUGAGGAUGAUGAUGAGGAUGAUGAUGAGGCUGAAGAUGAGAAUGACGAUGAGGAUGAUGAUGAUGAUGACGAGGAUGAUGAUCAUGAUGAUGAUGAGGAUGAUGAUGAGCAUGAUGAUGAGGAUGAUGAUGAGGAUGACGAUGAGGAUGAUGAUGAGGAUGAUGAU